UAUCUAUAGUGGGUGCGAGGUGCCCGGGACAGUCACAGCGGUACUGGCGACAGUUGGGGGAACAUGGGGCGAAGCAAGUGCUUGCCUGACCGCUGCCGAGUCUCCUCGAAAGUGGCGGGACCAUAACCAGGGCUGUCCCGCUCUCCAGGGAUACUCAGGAGGCCUAACGCAUUUAAAAGUCUGAAAGACAAAGUAUGGCCCAGGAAGGCAGGCAGCAGCGGUCCACCCGAAGCUCCAGGAUGGGCUCCUGGCCCGUGUCAGGGAGGGUACAAGCGACGCUGCAGAAGCAGGUGGUGCGAGAAUUCCUGGCUGAGUUCGUGAGCACAUACGUCAUGAUGGUGUUUGGCCUUGGCUCCGUGGCCCACUUGGUUCUGGGAAAUAACAGAUAUGGGAGCUACCUUGGUGUCAACCUGGGCUUUGGCUUCGGCGUCACCAUGGGCGUGCACGUGGCGGGCGGCGUCUCAGGCGCCCACAUGAACGCAGCCGUGACCUUCGCCAGCUGCGCCCUCGGCCGCAUGCCCUGGAAGAAGUUCCCGGUGUACGUGCUGGGUCAGUUCCUGGGCUCCUUUGCGGCUGCCGCCACCACCUACGGCCUCUUCUACAUGGCCAUUCUGCACUUCUCGGGCGGACACCUGAAUGUCACGGGCCCCACAGCCACCGCCGGCAUUUUUGCCACCUACCUUCCUGACUACAUGACGCUGUGGUGCGGCUUCCUGAAUGAGGUGUUUCUGACGGGGAUGCUCCAGCUGUGUCUCUUUGCCAUCACGGACAAGGAGAACAGCCCAGCGCUGCAAGGGACGCAGGCCCUGGUGAUCGGCGUCCUCGUGGUCAUCAUUGGGGUGUCUCUAGGCAUGAACACAGGAUACGCUAUCAACCCGUCCCGGGACCUGCCGCCUCGCUUCUUCACCUUCAUUGCCGGCUGGGGCAAAGAGGUGUUCAGGAAUAACUGGUGGUGGGUGCCGGUUGUGGCUCCACCCCUGGGGGCCUACCUCGGGGGCGUCGUCUACCUGGCCUUCAUUAGCGCCCCACGAGGCCCGCAGAGACUGGAGAGCUCCGCGGGGCGUGAGGACCCCGGGAGGACCAUGCUGCCCAAGGCCAACCCGUACACGCCCGCUCCCCUCGCUCCUGUCCCUGCAGCCCCUGCCAGCCUUGCCGUCCCCACGCUGACCCAGCCUGCGCCAGCCUUUGGUGGCUCCAUGCCCCUAGAGCGCUUCUAAGUAGAGCUGGUGAGCCCACCCUACCCAGUGGGCAGGCCUGCUCCACAGCGGUGCUCGCUGGGGCUCCCGCGGCUGGACUCCCCUCCUGCUUCUUCUGCCUUAGCUCUGGGCUGGAGCGGGGUCGAGAGCCCUCAAGUCUUCCCACCCCUGGGACGGGCGGCUGGGUGAGCGACCGUGGUCUGAGGGCAAGACGAAAGGGUGCUGGACGCAGGGGUGGGCUUCCAGGCAGAGGGCCGGGAGGGGUGGUGCGGGAGGGAGCAGAGCUGGGAGGUAGGGGCCAGCUCUGCGGGUGCCUUGGGGCUGCCCUGGGGUAGGACUUUGGAUGGUCCCGGGCUCUCCCUUUCUCCGGUCCUGGCCGGUUCUUAUUCUACAAGGCCCAAGGGUAGAUCACAAUUUCUCAAACUUUCUUUUUUGAUUAGUGCUCUCCUUAGCAGCCUUUUAGAUAUAUUUUUUCUUACUUCACAUUUUAAUACCAUAGGUAUACCGCAUGUGUUUCUGUGCUUUGUAUAUACAAAUAAUUGUAUAUAAAAAUUAAGAUUUUUCA